AUGCCACCGAAAAAUUCGGCUGCGCCAAGUAAGAAAACAGAGCAGAAAAAAAAAGAGAAAAUUAUCGAAGAUAAAACGUUUGGAUUGAAAAAUAAAAAAGGCGCUAAAACGCAAAAAUAUGUUCAACAAAUAACUAAUCAAGUAAGGAAUCAAGCAAAAUUGGAUGCAGAAAAAACAUCAAAAAAGAAGGAACCAAUCGACGAUCUUCGAGAUUUGAAUAAACUCUUGAAACCAGUUAGUGAAAUGCAAAAGAUCGGGAAAGAUGUUGAUCCAAAGUCGAUUGUUUGCAUGUUUUUUAAGCAGGGAAUGUGCCACAAAGGAGACAAAUGUAAAUUUAGUCAUGAUCUUUCAAAAGAGCUAAAAACAGCCAAAAAAAAUCUAUAUGUCGAUAGCAGAGAUCUUGAUAAGGAAAAUGAAGAUGGAAAUAUGGAUGAUUGGGAUGAAUCUAAACUUAAUGAAGUUAUAAAUUAUUUUCAGGUUUGUAAAUAUUUCCUUGAUGCAGUAGAAAAUAAUAAAUAUGGUUGGUUUUGGGAGUGUCCAAAUGGAGAUGGAUGUAUUUAUAGGCAUGCUUUACCUCCAGGAUAUAUUUUAAAAAAAGAUCGAAAGAAGCUAGAAGAACAGAAACGAUUGAGUGAAAUCACCCUUGAAGAAUUGAUCGAAAAAGAACGCGCAGCACUUGAUGUGAAAAAUUUAACUAAAAUAACCCUUCAAACUUUCAUUGCUUGGAAAAAACGAAAAUUGCGUGAACGAAAAAUAAAAGCUAAACAAGAAGAUCGUGAAAAACGUAAAAAUGUGAAAUCUGGGAAAUCUGUUGGUUUGAGCGGUAAAGAUUUAUUUACUUAUAAUCCUGAUCUUAUUGGUCAAGAUGAUGAUAAUGAUAUGGAAGGUGGCGUUAUGUUUGAAAGAGAUCUUAUUAAUGAAUUCAGCGGCGAGCAAAAUGAGGUUGUUGUUCAGUUUCGAUAA